UAGCAGUGGAGGUGUGCCUGGGCUGUCUGAAAAUGGCAAUAUAGUCCUGAUAGGACCUCGAAUUGGUCCUGAAAUGCCAAACUCCGGCAUCAAUCCUCUCUCUAGUGGAACUGGUCACCUUCCGGGGCUCAAUGCAACAACUAAUUUAAAUUCAUAUCUAAUCGGAAGUGGAUCGCAACUACAACUGAUCCAGAACCAAUCACAACAAUUACCACCGUUUAAUUCAAUUCAAAACAAACUUCCAUCGCCGCCAACCACUCAAACCAUGUUAAACAUGAGUAAUACCAACGCUAUGGUCAAUUCCGUAUUUAACAUUUCUCUGUUAACUGCCAAUAUCAAUAAUUCAGGGACAACAGCAGGAACGGCGCUUAUGCCUCUCUUGGCCACCUCCAAUACCCUUAACCCAUCCCACCUUUUCAAAACUUCAAGUAACAGCAAGAACAACAUGCUUUUUGGAACAACAACUUCAAGUGGGAAUAAUUUGUUGAAUGAGUUAAAAUUGUCAAAUAGUCAAUAUGGAACCCAAAGUUCAACGCCACAGCAGUUUGCUAAUAAUUCAUUCUCAGCUAGCUUCGGAUUGGGACAAUUGGGUAGUCUGCGUGAUACCACUGCCGGUAACUCUGGUAAUCCUGGAGCCAAUAGUGGGACAAACGCUGGUGGAACUAGCAGUGCGUCAGUUAAUGGGAUCAGUUCCCUGAUUUUGAACAAUAUCGGCAGCUUUAAUGAUUCGGGAUGGUGAUUGCUAUUUUAUUUAUUUGCUUUUCUUUUACUUCGUUUUAAUUUUUACUAUGUGUUAUUUAGAAUUCAGUUCUUCCUUGGGAAAUUUAUUAUUGAUAUUUUUAUAGAGUUAAUUAUUAACUAUUCGAGAACAAUGCAAACGGACAUUUAACCUU